CGGUGCAGUGCCGAAGUGCCAUCACACGACGACAAGCAGCAGGGGGGUCAAAGAUUAGACGACAGCACCCCACAUGUCGCCAAAGAUCCUCCCGUUGCUGGUGCCGCUGUCGUCGGCGUGGCAGGCACGCGCCUUCGUGACUACUCCUCUGCCGCGCACAUCAUGUGACUCGCGAGCGCCGCAGGUCAGCAGAUUCGGAGCGCCGAAAGGGGCUACUGCAGCUGCUGUUGAGAGUGCUGUGGGGGAGGUGGUGAAGGCGGAAGUAUGGCAAGGGUUCAGCGAAGAGGACCACGAUCGUUUCCUUGCUGAGUUUUGGCAAAAGAAGCCCCUGCUAAUUCGCCAAGCUAUCAAAGGGUUUGAGACUAUCCUGACCAAGGACGAGUUGGCGGGGCUAUCCUGCUGCCCAGAUGUCGAGGCUCGCGUCGUGACGGGAGGGAGAUACGUCGACAACGCAGGCAAAGACUGGGAAGUAGAGCACGGCCCGUUCGAAGAGAAGAUGUUCUCCAACCUUGGCGAGACGCACUGGACUCUGUUGGUGAACGAGGUCAACCGGCACGUGCCUGAGGUGUCGGACUUACUGAUGAAGUUUCAGUUCAUUCCGUCGUGGCGGGUAGAUGACGUCAUGGUCAGCUACGCCCCCAAGGGCGGCUCGGUUGGACCGCACGUGGACAACUACGACGUCUUCCUUCUCCAGGGCGCCGGCAAGCGGCUGUGGUCGAUCGAGGACUCAUUCACUUCGGGCGAGGAGGAAGAGGAGCGGUUAGUCAAAGACAUCGACCUUAGGGUCCUGACGGAGUUCAAGAAGUCGGAGGGAUGGGUACUCGAACCCGGAGACGCGCUGUACCUUCCCCCAAGGCUCGCCCACUACGGCGUUAGCCAAGACGAGGAGUGCAUGACUUACUCAGUUGGAUUUCGGGCUCCGUCGGUUCGAGACCUCGUAUCGUUUUUCGGCGAACACGUGGGCUCGACUGCGACGAAACCGGACGAUUUUUUCCAAGACCCUAACCUCAAGAGACAAGAGAGCCACGGUUUGAUAUCGAGAGAGGCUGUGUCGAAGGCCAAGGGGUUGGUACGGGAAGCUUUGUUGUCGGCGCUCGACGAUGACGUCGCGUUCGACAGGUGGUUCGGCGCUCAGGUCACAAGGUCGCGACGAGACCACUCUAGCUAUCCGGUGCCAAUGGACGACGAACAAGGCCUGUCCUUUGGCUACCAAUUCCCCAAGGACGUGACGGCCGCUGUGAAACGAGCGUUCCACAAGGAGGCUGAAUCAGGGGCUGGGGCGGGGAGCGGGGACGGGUUGGGGCCGUUCGUGUACCACGCGGAGGGGCUGACGUUUGCCUUUGUCGAGCACGAGGGGCGGGGACAAGGUGCUACUCUCUUCGUAGACGGCACCGACUUCCCGGUGCCGCAAGAGAUGGCUUUCGCGGCGGCGUUGGUGUGUGACUCUCAGCGCUUGUCACCUCGGGAGCUGGGGCCGGCGCUGUUGGGGGAGCAGGGCGAGGGGGUGGAGACUCUGCUGCACUCGCUCUUGAAAGAGGGUUACCUUUACCCUGCAGACGACUGAUGAUCUGGUCUUCCGUGUACCGCUAGACUCCAAGUUGUGUUUCUUUUGUUGUGACGUGUCUCCCUUUGCUUCGUUUUUUGGUAUCAUUGCAUAGCGGCGUCGCUGACCGAAAGAUCUCCGGCGACGCUUCAUUAUUGCUUCGUUGUUUGUUCAAGUUUAUGGAAUGGGACUCGAGGUGAAAUUGUCUAAAUGAAUCUGCGAGCAUCUUCUUUUGCGUGUCGUCUCAACAUUCUGUGCGUUUUUGGAAGCUGCCGACUACCGUGUAGGUGUGCCACAAGAAUUUGUGUGGUUUUACCGCUCCGUCUUGUGAGCACCGAGGGGAGCGGGGGUUGACCGAGGUAGUGUGGCGUGUGCAAAUGGAAUACUCUACAUGGAAUUAUUAGCAGGGUGGGACCGAAAACCCGUCUAUCUAUAGUCGACGAGGGAGAGUGCGAUAGGGGUGCACCCCACAGUUUUGAAAGAGAACAAUACGGGCGUACCAUGCUACAGUGGUCCGUUGCACUCUAGUCUCCCUCCGGAAGAGAGACAUGGCAUGAAAUUGACACAAGCGUGAACG